AUGUCUGAGCGAUCCACAUCUUCACCCGCGCCUCUUUCCCCUACGGGAUCACUGCCUUCUGCUGCCCCUAUCCGCAACGCGCUUCGGGUGCAGACGUCGUUCCCGUCCCUAGGACUCGAGGACCCCUCGUCAGGAGAGCAUUCUCCUGCACAUUCGUAUCGGGAGUCGACAAGGCAAUUCCCUGUUCCGGACUAUGCGAGCAGGGACUUUUCCUUCGUUUCACCCCCUCGCAACCCUGACGCUACCAGGUGGCGGAUGGAGCUCGUCGAGCGCGAUGACGAAGAAGGAGGGGAGAGCGGAGGCAUCCGCUGGACACUCACGGCGGAGCCGUCUGCCUUGUCAAAGACUCCCAUCCCCCGCAGCGAGCACUUCCUCGGCACAGGGUUCGAGCUCGGCAGCGAAGAGCAUCGGGCCUGCGCCGCCGCCGGGUUGGCCUGGGACUGGGCUUAUCCCCACGACACCGUCUAUUGGGAGAUCGAGCCUGGAGUACCUGCAGUACUUGACCAAGACUCUGCAAAACAGGCACUCUGGCAGUUCUUCUUGACGGUUGGAGACACAGAGAGCGCAAAGUCGAACAAGCGUGUGCUGGUGAGGCCUUUGGCAAGGGACCACCAUGAGGGGCAAUACUUCCGGCAUGGCCCGAUUGUGAUCGACUCCUUGAGGACACUCGGCUGCAUCACGCAGUCUGUCGACGAUGAGGGAGCAGCCACCGGCGAGCCGACAGAACACCGCGGGAUCGUAUUGGGUUCUUUCUAUUCCUGCGCGACCACCUACUGUCCCGUACCCAGUGGUGUAUUCAGUCAUGAAGCGCAGAUCACUGACCCGCCCACCGUUAUCACUGUCCCGGGACCCAUCAAGCCGCUCUUCGUCAUGCUACCGCCCUCAAGAUCAUCUACUGGCUCGAGCGGGACCGGACCGGUUGGAGAGACCGCCACGUUCACCGGCAAUGAUGCUGAGGCGGAGGAUUGA